CGGUUUGCCCAAAAAACGUCACUGUUAAUGCAUAGAGAGAUCGAGCAAAAAAAAAAAAAACAAGAUCCUUUUUACAUGAAAGUGUCCUUCUUUCUCUUCACGUUUUCUGCUAAGGCGUUGUUGAAGAUUUCAACUUUAUGCUUCAACUUGGUUUCCAAUGUGAUGUUAUCCCCUUACGUGUGGUUUGUUAUCGUUCAGAAAUUACUUUGUCUUUGUUUGAGAUCGAUGCCGGUCUCGGGAUUGACCCUUUUGUCGUCUUUCUAAGAUAAGAAGAAGCAUGUUCUUGAUUAUUCUGGGCUUCCUCUUUUUUCUCACGCACUGCAAAAACAGUCGAUUCUAUACUUUUUGUCUAAGCGUUGUGGGUUUAUUCUAUUGUGGGUUUCUUGGAUGUGGUUUUGUUUGACUGAUCAUCUCUCUCUAUGAUUUUGUUUUCAGUCUGAAACAGUAGAUUUAUCCUCUCAUCUCUGUAACUGUUGGUUUCAUUGUUCUUUAUCAAAGCCAUUCAGAUUCAAGUUUUUUUCUUUAAAUUCCCAUUUAAAAUGGAUGAAGAAAACAACACUCGUAUGGAAGAUGCUUAUGCUUGUGGGGAAGAAGAAGAAUAUGCGUGUGGAGAUCCAAAAGUUGAUGUUCGUGUUGGAGACGAAUAUCAGGCUGAGAUACCUUCUUUGAUGAUAUCUGAAUCCCAACGUGCAGCAUAUCUUUCCAAUCCUCUAGCUUCGGGUCUCGAAACUAAUGCCAUAGCUGUGGGACUACCCGUUGACAUCAUGUGGAUAGACACCACCAAACUUAAAGACGAGGAUGAUAAUGUAGACAUGAGCGAGUCUCUCAAAUCUCUGAAAACUAAAAGAAACAAGCAAAAGAUGAUGAUGAAUCUUGAAGCUGUCCCUGAGAGAUCAUCAUCCAGCGCUUGGGAAGAUUUGGAGGUAGAUGCCUUUGUUCUUGCUCUAUAUACAUUCGGGAAGAACUUUACUCAGAUAAAGCAGUUCCUGGAGAGCCAAGAAACAGGACAACUCCUUUCUUUUUACUACGGAAAGUUCUACAAUUCUACUAAGCACAAGAUUUGGUCAAACUCCCUUAAGAAACGGAAAUGCAUUCAAGGGAAGAAGCUCUACUCAGGCUGGAGACUACAUCAGUUGCUGUCCCGUUUGCUUCCCAGCAUUGCUGAUGAAUCUCUGAAAACAAAGCUUGCGAAUUUCUCCAAGUCAUUUGCUGAAGGGAAUACUACAUCUCUGGAGAAAUACAUCAGCGCUGUGAAGGAGCUAGUGGGUCUCCGGUCUCUUGUAGAGGCUGUAGCCAUCGGUACUAAAGAAGAUCUGACUGUCCUAACAACAGAACCUGUAAAUUCAAAGCAAUGGUUCACAGUUUCCUCCUCCUCUGCUGCGGUGGUUCCUGCUGGUUUAGGGGUUUACAGUUCACUCACAUCUGCUGAAAUCAUCGAAAAACUGAGUGGUGGUUCCCGUCUAAGCAAGGCACGUUGCAAUGAUAUCUUCUGGGAAGCUGUGUGGCCACGUUUGCUAGCCAGAGGGUGGCACUCUGAGCAGCCAAAAGACCGUGGUAAAGACAACAUUGUCUACCUCAUCCCUGGGGUAAAGAAGUUCUCGAGACGAAAACUUGUUAAACAGAAUCAUUACUUUGAUUCUAUCAGUGACAUCAUCAAAAAGGUUGUUUCCGAUCCAGAGCUUCUUGAGUUUGAUGAUGAGGCAGCAGCAGAGAUCAGACCUCCUCCCAAUGGAGGUGGAAUCGUAGAAGAGAAUCAAUCAAAGCAAGAAAAACGCCGUUACCUAAAGUCUCCAGACUCUUGUUUGAAGUUCACUGUUGUGGACACUACUAGUUUGGCUUCAGGAGGCAAGCUGUGUGCAUUUAGAGAGCUGAGGAAUCCAGAAUCUCAAUCAAAGGCUUGUCAAGGAGAUAACAAGUCUUCUUGUGUGGGUGUAGAGAAGAAGGAUGGUAAAGAAUGUAAGUGGGAAAAGAGACGAAUGAAGAAACUGGUGGAAGAGCCUGUGAGGUUCAUGAUUGUGGAUACAAGUGUGCAGUCAUCAGGGAUAAUAAGGAGACGGAGACGUUUGCCUGCUAAUGAGAAUCUCUGCAAUCCAUCAUCAUCGGAGAAUGUGACUUGGGAGGAGAAUGUUCGGUCAAAGAAGAGGUCUGUCCGAAGAUCAGAAUCUGUUAACAAUCAUUCUCUUAGUUCAUUUCCUUUGCCAAAACGAAGGCGGCUCAGUGCGUGUGUGAGGAAAGAUAUAGAACGUUUUGGUGAAAGUUGUGUGUCCAACUUACCAGAAGAAAUCAAGACUGACAAAUCAGAAGAAGCUGGAAACAGGAUAGAGAUUCUGAGGCUAAAGACUGAACCAAGUGAGUUAUGUUCUAUACACGAAGUCGGUUCAUCAGAAAAGCAACAAGAAGAGGAAGCAAAGCAGUUGUUGUGUUCUUCAAAGGAUAAGUUUGAAGAGAAACUGAUCCAACUUCCUUCCAUGUCAGGCUCAGAAAAGAUGAAUUCUCCUUCCACUGACCAUGGAACUACUCAAGAAACUGCUUCAAUAAAACAAGAAGAAGAAGGAGAGGAAAACCAACAGAUAAAGUCAGAUCCUCCAAGAAGACAGAGCACAAGAAAGAGGCCACUGACCACUCGUGCUCUUGAAGCUCUUGAAUCAGGUUGUUAUACGGCAAAGACCUUGAAAAGUACUCCCAAACCUAUAAAACGUGAAAGGUCUGCAAGGAUCAAGCACUCACGUAACAGAGCUCAAGGCGAGUCGGACAAUGGUUUUCUUGUACAGGAAACCACAUCAAGUAAACCGCUGGACCAAAUAGAGUGUUCGGAACCGAGCUUUCUUGCAGAUAAAGCAACAGCAGCGAGUAAGCCUGUGGAUCAAACAGAGGAUUCGAACAAUGUGAUAACCGAGUUCCCUAAACGUCCUCCCAUUCUCUUGAAACUUCCCUUCAAGCGAAGCUGAAGAUGGCAUUUAACUUUCCCAAGAAAUGUGUAUAGAAAAAAAAAACUCUUGUUUUUCCUUUUUUUUCUCUUUUAAAAUUUUGUUUUUUAUAAACUCUUUUUUCUAUUUAAAAUGUUUGUUGAUCUAAUAGUUUGCUCUCCUUUUGUUUUGUUCACAAA